GGGCAAAAUAUCCCAGUCCCAGUUUUCACUUGUCAGCUCUUUAUCCACACUUUCCCUCUUCGUCCAUUGAACAAACUCUGCAAAUUUGAAGCUUUGCUUCACAAAUUAAAAAUGCAAGUGAUAGUAUCUUCUAACCAAACAACACCUCCUCUUCACCCCAACCGUAAUCAACAAUCAACCAUUAUCACAAACAACUCAGUAUUUUUGGGCCGUAGAGAGCUCUGCUUCGAUAGCAUUUCUUCGGCCUGCUCUGCUGAUCCCUCCACUCCGCACCCCAUUUCCGCCCCUCCUUCUACCGCUUUCACUCCCAGGGGUAGUGGAGAUAAUGGCACUUCUUUGGUUGAACAACUACGGAAAAGCUUUCCUUCAGCCACGCGCAGGAUGUUGUUAACAAACUUUUUCAUGUAUUCAUGUUAUCAUCCUUCAAGGUACUUGUCAGCACUUGCUUUGGGGGAUCCGUCUGUCACAGUUGAACAAGUUACACCUUCUACUUUUCCUUCCGCAGCACUGUUCCCUUCCGAGGAAAGAGUUGUCGAGCUCUUUGAGAAGAAUACCUACUGUGUUGUCAACAUAUUUGAUGUAACCUUGAGACCUACGCUUAAUGUUACUGGUGCAGUCGAGAUUCCUGAAGGAAAUGGUUCAGGGGUGAUUUGGGACAAUGAAGGCCACAUUGUUACUAAUUACCAUGUGAUUGGUAACUCCCUUUCUAGAAACCCAAGCCAUGGGGAAGUAGUUGCGCGUGUUAAUAUUCUCGCUGCAGAAGGGGUGCAAAAGAAUUUUGAGGGUAAAUUGAUUGGUGCAGACCGUGCCAAGGAUCUUGCUGUAUUGAAGGUGGAAGCUUCUGCAGACCUGUUGAGGCCAAUUAGAGUUGGGGAAUCUGCUUCUUUGAGAGUUGGCCAGCAAUGUUUAGCCAUUGGAAAUCCUUUUGGGUUUGAUCAUACACUCACUGUUGGGGUUAUCAGUGGACUGAAUCGAGAUAUAUAUAGUCAAACUGGAGUGACGAUUAGCGGAGGAAUUCAAACAGACGCAGCCAUCAACCCUGGGAACAGUGGGGGUCCUUUGUUAGAUUCAAAAGGAAACUUGAUUGGGAUUAACACGGCAAUAUUCACUCAGACAGGGACAUCAGCAGGUGUCGGAUUUGCAAUCCCUUCUUCAACUGUAUUGAGAAUUGUGCCCCAGUUGAUCCAAUCUGGAAAA